CAGUGUCUGUGACGUCUGCUACAAGUGCAACUACUGAUAUGGCUGGAUCUGCAUAUGGAAAUAAGGCUCAUGCCCAAUCAUUUGACAAGCAAGGCUUCCAUGCUGGAACACCACCACCAUUUAACAUACCAUUGGCCAGCGGGGCACAGGGUGGGACUAUGAAUCCAGCUACAGGAUAUGCUGCUACACCUGCUCCGUUUGUACAAAUGAUGGCACCUCAUCCCCACCAGCAUCAGCACCAGCACCACUCGCAGAUGCUUGCACAUCAGAUGCAUGGUGACGGUCCGCAGGGUGGAUCAAAUCAACGUUCUCAAGGGGGCAGCAGUCAGGGCAAACCGACAGGAAGUAAACAGUCUUACAGUUCACCUUACUGGGGAGCCAGCUAAACUAACAUCAGUUGAUGUGUGUGUGUGAUGUCAUCAAUUUAUGGUGCAUCUGUAAAGUCUGAAAAAAAAUAAUACUAAUUAUUUUUUAUUUAGACUAUCCGUUGUAGUUAAAUAAGUAUAUAUACCAAGAGGACACAAAAGUGAAAACCAGAUAAAUAAAAUGAAACUAUUGUUGUGUGUGCAAGACUAUUUUUGAAUGUCGUCCUAUUUCUCGUGCUGUGUAUAAAAAAAAAACUUUCUUUCCCUUUAUUUGAAGCUGGAGGGAAUUUGAUAGUAUAAUAUUUCAAGAAAAAAAAGUAAAUAUUAAUACUUCUUAUCAGCUGGCUUCGUUGUUCUUAUGAAUUCAGUGUUUUCGUAGAUUCUCAAUAUUUCUCUCUAAGCACCAGUUUUAGCAGAAGGGAAACUUUGAGACCUGCACUCAAUUUGAAGGCACAGAUUUUAUAGUGUUGAGACAGAGAAUGAUUUCUUGGGACCAUGUGGCUGCAAGGUGAUAGCUUGGCAUCUGGUUAUUAGCAUAAAAACAAAAGGUGCUGUAUAUAUUUGCCUUGUGGGCACUGUUCACAAGUGGUCAUUUCUUUGGCUUCUUCCUAAGGCUUUUUUUAAAAUUAAAAAGAAAGUGCCUUAACGGCUCUUUGGUUUUCAUUCAUCUUAAAAUUGCUAGCUGACUUGCAGGAAAUAGUCUGCUGACGAUGAACGAGGGCGCUCUGCUUUGAGAAUUGGUCAGUCAUGUGCAAAAGAUUGCCAACUCUUAGCCAAAAAAAUUCAUGUAAAAAAUAAGUAAUUUCCACUGUUAUUUAAGUAGUGUGAGAAACAUGUUUUGAUUCCAUUUCUUGUAAGUUCCUCAUUGCUUUCAGCGGAAUGGAUAAUCAUGACAGACAAACUCGCUCUAAUAUAAUGCCCAUUUUGUUAUAUCUUCAGUCCAAAAAAAGAUGGUGCAACUUGUAUUUUCAUCAGCGUUUUGGGUGUGAUAUCUGGAUACCAACAGAGACUUGAGCACAAUUUAAUUCUUUAAACACUUCUUGUAGUUAUGUUUUUUUUAUAUGUUUAGGUACAUGGCAGCAUCAUAAAUGUACUAUUGUUCCAGUGCUAAUGUUCUUAUUUUUGGUCCUUAUUUCUUUUAUUGAUGAUUUGCCCCUUUCAUCUCUCAGUUGAUUGUGACCAGAUGAAGUGCUAUUAAUAUUAAACUGUUAAGCUGCAUUGUAUUAUGAAUUAA